GUCGGACUCUUCAAUUUUUUAAUAUCUGAUCAAGCGGGCGUCCAUCGGAAUGCCUUCGGAAAUCGGAAGACGCACACCGUCGUGAGAAAAUGUGGGGAUAUACUGCUGUACUACCACGGCCACCACAUACCUGGAUUCUUGGCGCGGGGCGCCCGCCGCCUUCUAUAUACACCAGUCCUAUUAAUCGUAUCGAUCAAUCUCGUUAUGUCCGUUUCUCCUCCUGUAUUCAAUAUCCAUACGCCCACAUCUUCUUUCGCGCUCAUCCACUCUCUCAAAGAUAAUACCAUACAGCAAUUGUAUGAUAAGCUCUCGAGGAAGUCCAACACGGGGUUUCACGGAAAUCGCGUUGGUCCCGGUUGGAUCAAGUACAAUUGGAAUGACACCAUGUGGAAUCUGGAUGACGAAAGUGACUACACCAUUUUUGUAUGGAGGCAUAAAGCACCUUCUACGUCCCAACAACCCACAUCCGACAUAACGCCAACGCUACACGUUCACGAUCCUGCAGCUCAGCUCCCAGAGCCACCUGCGUAUUGCAACCCAUCCUUUUACCUAUUUAGCCCUACACGUGUGACUUCCCCCCGUCCUCGGUCAGCGCGGAGCGCCAAGUCUCACAAGUCUAGGGCAUCACUAGAUGCCGAAGGGAUCUCAGGGGCUGCGAAGCACAGAAGGGAUUUUGAGAGAUUUCAUAGCGAAAAUGGUGUACGCACUGUUUUAGGCACUAUCGGCCCAGUCGACAAUGUCCGCAUGCUCUUGAAGAACGGUUACCGUCACGUCUACAUUUCACGAAAGUUUGCGUUGAGGCAUGGGUUUAUUCCAGCAGACGCAGCGCCAGGGCACUAUGGCUACAGUGGCCUUGUCAACCUUGGCAAAUGGCCGAUCACCUUGAAGACAGCUACAGAUUUCACUGAUAGCACACAAACUAACAACGUCUCAAGUGCAGCACAAAGCUUGCCACCCAGCAAGUCAAAGACCGUUUCUGUCCCCGUCUUCUUAUCCGAGGAGCCGCACUUUGACGUUGUGCUUGGCCGCUCGUUCUUUGAGAAACGCCAAAUAAAGACCUCAUCUAUAGAUCCUACCGAGGUUAUCUGUCUUGACACAGGGGACAAAAUCGAGUGUGAAUUGGUCAUACUCAAAGAUGGUAGGGGUCAAAUUGUCACUGUUACAUAGUAUUUCGAUGAAUUGGACGUAUGAUAUUAGCAACUGCUGUACACGGAAUAAUACAUAUAAUACAUCACAAGUAUGGGUUUUG